AUAAAAGAUAUGUAAAACUAUGAUGUAUAUUAUGCAACAUUGCGUCAUAUUCGACUAAAACUGUGUGCUGCACUUGUGUAUUCCGGGUAUUACUUUGACAUCCGUAACACGAUACGUUUCAUCGUGUCAUUAAAUACAUUACCCAUGUAUGCAAUAUUUUGAUUACAUAUAUAAUGCGUGUAACAUGAAUAACCGAAUUAUCUAUAUUUUUUUAGUACUUUGUGCAGCAUUUAUUGUUGCAUACAUCAGUUUGAUACAAAACGCAAUAGCGCAAUGGGAUGUGAUAUUUGGAAAACAACCGAAGAAAAUGUUUGAAGUAAUGAAUGAUACGUCACAAACUUGUAAUCGCGAGUAUCAGAACGGUGUUUGUAAUAUGACAUGUUUUGAGAUAUUCUGGCUGAAGUACGAACAACAGAGGGAACGGACAUUUACUGGAAAAGGACGUAAAUUAAUCAAUGAAGAAUCGGACAGAAAAGUUGAGUGUAAAAAUAAAUCUUGCAACACAACCAUUCUAUCAACUAAACGGAAGGGGGAGAACAUAAAUGGUGAAACUCAUCGAGUGUGUAACGUUGCUUGUAGAAACAAAUCUUGUAACACCUAUAUUUCUUCCAAAGGCCCUCGAGGUAGGGCUGGAAAUCUUAUGUUUGAAAUAGCGGCCUUGAUCGGAAUUGCCAAACGACGAGGUUUCACGCCUCAAUCGCGGUACAAUCAGUACAUAUUUGAAUGGUUCGAAACACUGCGGCUUUACGUUAAUGUGCCAGCAGUCAACGAAAAACAUGUCGAUGAAGAAAAGUAUGGUACGUAUCAGAAAGCGGUGGAGUUUUUAGAUAGUGGUAAGAAUUGGACGCUAGGUGGUUAUCGUUGUAGUUGGAAAUAUUUCGACAAUGCGAAGGAUGAAGUGCGAAAAAUAUUUACUUUGAAAGCUGAAUUCACGGAUAAAGCAAACGCAUUUCUGCAAAACAUAUCAUCACCAGGCGCAGUAAAUGUGUGUGUGCACGUUCGAAGAGGCGAUAUGGCAUCAAAUGCAAACGUCAAACUAGGUUAUGUUCCGUCGGACGCAUCAUACCUAAAUAGAUCCAUGGAAUACUUCAGAAACAUGUUAAGAAAGAAGAAAGUUCAAUUUGUGUUCGUCAGCAAUGGUAUGGAAUGGUGCAAAAACAAUACCUCAGGACCCGACGUGUUUUACUCCCCUUUUAAAGAAGCUGUCCUAGACUUUGCACUCAUGGUGUGUUGUGAUCACGUGAUUAUAACCAUUGGGACAUUUGGUUGGUGGGGGGCUUGGCUAUCUGGUGGAAUAACCGUGUAUGACUCCUCGUGGCCAACAAAAGAUUCAUUUGUUGGAAAAGGCUUGAACAAAAAUGAUUAUUAUCCAAAACACUGGAUAGGUCUAUGAUUUUGUUUAACAGUUUGACUCUGUCGAAUGUGAAACAUAGCAAUGUAUUUAUUAUACCUUACGAUCGUUAAUGCCCGAUAAUUCUUUUGAUUAUUAAAGGGGACUUGGUAUAAACAAUGUUUUGAGUACAACAAUCGAUCUCGCAUUCCAUUGACCAAUAGCUUUAAAGCACUUCACUAUGAUUUGAUUACUUUGAUAAAAAAGUAAAACCAAUUAUACUUUACGGAUGUGAAAUUAAGGGAUAAGAAAUAUUGAUGUCCCAUAAAGGGACCAAGUUAAUUAUUGAAAUAAAUGAUCAACUUAAACAAAGAUAAAACCAAAUUACAUGGUCUACGGCGGUAUAAAAAUUACUCAGUAGACAUAAAACAAUAUUUUAUCUCAAUGGGUGAUCGAUUACAAGGUAAACAGUUUAGUACGGAAGCUGAACUUAAAAUUAAAUUUUCAUCAAAUUGAAUUGUUUUAUUCCCUUGGUUCUAAAACGUUAAUAUCAUUCUUUGGAAUAGCGGUGAUUUUUGUACAGCCAUAGUUUUGGCUAAUUAAUUUGAUUCACCAAAAGCAAAACGAAUAUUUCUUUCAACAAAUGCACUCUGACAUUGACAGGAGCUUAGCAUCAUUCCUCGAACUAAAUGUACCAGGAAAAUGCUCACAUAUAUGUAAUUCAAAGUAGUUAUCGGCACAUUUAUCUAUUUAAAGCACCUUUUUCUUUAUAGAAUACCUAUUGAAUGAAAUUAAUGUGUUAACUGCGAUAAUGAUGAUGCUUAUGAUGAAUCUCACUUUCUGCUGACUUGUAAUAUAUUUCCAAAUCGCAGGCAUAAAUACAUAAUUUGACAUUAUUAAACAUAAUAAUCAAAAAAUGAUUAAACAACUCAGAAAUUUAAAGAAAUAACUUACAGACAAAACAACUUUUUUCAACUACAUCGUAUUAGUAUAUUUUAUCAUAAAAUGUUAAAACUAUUUUCACUGAACAAUGGCAAUAAUAUACAAUCUUCUUAUUUAAAUUUUAUCAAAUUAUGUCAAUUUAUGCUAUAUUCGUAGUUGCAUCGCAUAAUGAUCAGGAUAUAAUUAUUUUAAAGCACCUUCAACUAAUUUUGUUUCGUUUGCGACAAGUAAUUACUCCAUUCCGUAAAUAGUUGAAACCCCUCAUUUAAAUUAUAUAUUUCUGAUUCGUCAUAUAUAGAUAUCGUCCUGCUAACAACAUUUUUUAUAAUAUCUUCUGGCAUGUAUCAUAUAUUUUAUUGUGCACAAUAAUUAUUUCUGAAAUACGAUUUUUUUUGCAAUACGAGGGGCAAAAACUAAUGCAUAAUCGUAUUGGGAAAUGCUUAAAGGAUAUUAACAAUUAACAAUCCAUGUUCAAUUACAUAAAAUGAUUUUUCAGAUUUUUUUAAAUCAACUUUCGACACUGAUUCAGUGUUUUUUCUAGCAUGAUGGUGUUUUUUUAAUGAAAGUUACCUUGAAGGAACCGCAUGUAGGUCUAGAAAUGGCUGGUUUAGGGUUUCAUCCUGUUCAAAAAUAGGUAGGGAAAGUAGGCCUUUCAUCUUAUUUUAUUGUAUUAAUUUGGCUUUAUAUAAGAAACGGUUUUUUUUAUAAUCCGAGAAUGCGUUAAAGUAAUCUUCUGUAAAAAGAGGUCAAGGGUCUAAACUAAUAUCAUUAAAACACACUUUUUCUUUUUUAGAUUUUUUUUUUCAACUGACUAUAAAAACUGUAGCGUAAGUAGUGUCGGGUUACCCUUACCAAAUGUAUUUUUGUAGCCCUUAUGUUUGAGGGACAAAAUGAACAUUUUCAAAAUUGAAGAAUUUGGAAAAACAUACUAUUGAAUCAGGUGGUCUGGCUGUUUUAUUACUGAGUUGUUCAAGGAUGGAUACAAGUCGUACAGUAUCUUUAUACAAGAAGAAGCAGGCAGAUGGACAAGCUCGUUGCUAAAAAAUUGUCAUUUGUGUUAUGCGCAUACAUAUGAGUUUUGAUUUGUUCUUGACUGUAGACUUUUAUCUGUUAUAAGACAAAACACAUACAUAGAUACACUCUCCACACGCUUCAUGUCAUGCAUGGUAUCAUAUUACUUACUAAUAAUUCUUAAAAUUUGCACUUACAUAUAUAUGUUCAAACUUUAACAAUAUAUAUUGCUUCAAAUUUUAAUUAUUUAACACUAACACAUUAACUUUCUCAAUUUUCACGUUUAUUUUAAUGCAAUAUGUUAAUAACAUGUGUAUUGUGUACACUAUAGCUAAUAAUUAUAUUGUAUAUUUGCGAGCUCUUAUUUGCACCCUUAUUUGUUUCAUGAGGAUUUGAACUACCAUGCUAACAAAUGUAGUGUCAACGUGUUUUAAUAGAUAUAGUG